CGCCUCAGUCCCGCGGCUAGAGAGCCCGGCUCGCAGCAGCGGAGAGUACCCCGGAGCCCGCGCCCCGACGCUCUGCGCCCGCAGUGUCCGUCGCGUCUAGGGCGGGCAUGGGGCGGCCUGGUUGAGCGUCGUACCCCGCCGCGGAGACCCCCAACCCAAGCCACCGUGCCUCUCGCCGCGGCCCCAGCGUGCACGGCGAUGGCGAAGGCGACGGUCGGUGCCGUGGGGCUGCGGUUGUUGCUGCUGCUGCCGCUACUCGGCGAAGCCCCGCUGGGACUCUACUUCUCAAGGGAUGCCUACUGGGAGAAGCUGUACGUGGACCAGCCGGCGGGCAUGCCUCUGCUCUACGUCCACGCCCUGCAGGAUGUCUCCGGGGAGGUGCCCAGCUUCCGCCUGGGCCAGCACCUCUAUGGCGUCUACCGCACACGGCUGCACGAGAAUGACUGGAUCCGCAUCCAGGAGGACACGGGGCUUCUCUACCUUAACCAGAGCCUGGACCACAGCUCCUGGGAGAAGCUCAGCAUCCGAAACGGCGGCUUCCCCCUGCUCACUGUUUACCUCCAGGUCUUCCUGUCACCUGCGUCCCUUCGAGAGAGCGAGUGCCAGUGGCCAGGCUGUGCCCGGGUGUAUUUCUCCUUCAUCAAUGCUUCCUUCCCGGCUUGUGGAGCCCUCAAACCCCGGGAUCUCUGCUUCCCCGAGGCAAGCCUGUCCUUCCGCAUUCGGGAGAAUAGGCCUCCUGGAACCUUCCACCAAUUCCGCCUGCUGCCUGUACAGUUCCUCUGCCCCAACGUCAGUGUAGCGUACAGCCUCCUGGGAGGUGAGAGUCUGCCCUUCCGCUGCGCCGCCGACAGCCUGGAGGUGAGCACACGCUGGGCCCUGGACCGUGAGCAGCGGGAGAAGUAUGAGCUGGUGGCCGCGUGCACUGUGCGUGUGGGCGCACGCGAGGAGGAGGUGAUGGUGCCCUUCCCCGUGACGGUGUACGACGAGGACGACUGUGCUCCCACCUUCCUUGGGGGCAUCGACACCGCCAGCGCAGUGGUGGAGUUCAAGCGGAAGGAGGGCACUGUGGUGGCCACGCUGCGUGUCUUCGAUGCAGAUGUGGUGCCAGCAUCUGGGGAGCUCCUGCGACGGUACACGAACACACUGCUCUCCAGGGACACCUGGGCCCUCCAGACCUUCCGAGUAGAGCACUUGCCCAACGAGACCUUGGCCCAGGUCAACGGCAGCUUUGUGCGGGCCACCAUACAUGACUACAGGCUGGUUCUCAACCGGAGCCUCUCCAUCUUGGAGAACCGGGCGGUGCAGCUGGCCGUGCUGGUCAACGACUCAGACUUCCAGGGCCCCGGAGAGGGAGUCCUCCUUCUCCACUUCAAUGUGUCCGUGCUGCCCGUCAGCCUGCACCUGCCCAGCGCCUACUCCUUUGCUGUGAGCAGGCGGGCCCACCGCUUUGCCCAGAUUGGGAAAGUCUGCGUGGAAAACUGCCAGGAGUUCAGUGGCAUCCACGUGCAGUACAAGCUGCAGCUCUCCAACGCCAACUGCAGUGCCCUGGGAAUAGUCACCUCGGCUGAGGACACCACGGGGACCCUGUUCGUGAAUGACACGGAGGCCCUGCAGCGGUCCGAGUGUGCCCAGCUCGAGUACAAGGUGGUGGCUGUCGACCGGCUGACCCGCAGGCAAACCCAGGCCUCACUGCUUGUCACCGUGGAGGGGACAUAUGUGGCUGAGGAGCCAGGCUGCCCCCUGUCCUGCGCGGUCAGCAAGAGGCAGCCCGAGUGUGAGGAGUGUGGCGGCCUGGGCUCUCUGAAUGGCAGGUGCGAGUGGAGACAGGGAGACGGCAAAGGAAUCACCAGGAACUUCUCCACCUGCUCCCCCAGCAUCAAGACCUGCCCUGACGGCCACUGUGAUGCCGUGGAGAGCAAAGAUGCCCACAUCUGCCCCCAGGACUGCCUCCGGGGCGGCAGCAUCAUUGGUGGGCACGAGCCAGGGGAGCGCCGGGGGAUUAAAGCUGGCUUCGGUAUCUGCAACUGCUUCCCUGAGGAGAAGAAGUGCUUCUGUGAGCCAGAAGAUAACCAGGACCCGUUGUGUGAUGAGCUCUGCCGCACAGUCAUUGCGGCUGCUGUGCUCUUCUCCUUCAUCGUAUCCGUGCUGCUAUCCACCUUCUGCAUCCACCGCUACCACAAGAAUGCCCACAAGCCGCCCAUUGCCUCGGCUGAGAUGACCUUCCGCCGGCCUGCCCAGGCCUUCCCGGUCAGCUACUCCUCAUCUGGUGCCCGCCGGCCCUCGCUGGACUCCAUGGAGAACCCGGUCUCUGUGGAUGCCUUCAAGAUCCCAGAGGAUCCAAAGUGGGAAUUCCCUCGGAAGAACUUGGUUCUUGGAAAAACCCUGGGAGAAGGUGAAUUUGGAAAAGUGGUCAAGGCGACAGCCUUCCGGCUGAAGGGAAAAGCAGGGUACACAACUGUGGCCGUGAAGAUGCUGAAAGAGAACGCCUCCCCAAGCGAGCUGCGGGACCUGCUGUCAGAGUUCAACCUGCUAAAGCAGGUCAACCACCCGCAAGUCAUCAAGCUGUACGGGGCCUGCAGCCAAGAUGGGCCACUCCUUCUCAUCGUGGAGUACGCCAAGUACGGCUCCCUGCGGGGCUUCCUCCGAGAGAGCCGCAAGGCGGGGCCUGGCUAUGUGGGCAGCGGAGGCAGCCGCCACUCCAGCUACCUGGACAACCCCGAGGAGCGGGCCCUGACCAUGGGCGACCUCAUCUCCUUUGCGUGGCAGAUUUCGCGGGGCAUGCAGUACCUGGCCGAGAUGAAGCUCGUCCAUCGAGACUUGGCGGCCAGAAAUGUCCUGGUAGCUGAGGGGCGCAGGAUGAAGAUCUCAGACUUCGGUCUGUCCCGAGAUGUUUAUGAAGAGGAUUCCUACGUGAAGAGGAGCAAGGGUCGGAUCCCAGUCAAAUGGAUGGCCAUUGAGUCCCUUUUCGAUCACAUCUACACCACCCAGAGUGAUGUGUGGUCCUUUGGGGUCCUGCUGUGGGAGAUCGUGACCCUGGGGGGCAACCCCUACCCUGGCAUUCCUCCAGAGCGGCUCUUCAACCUUCUGAAGACAGGCUACAGGAUGGAGAGGCCAGACAACUGCAGCGAGGAGAUGUACAGUCUGAUGCUGCAGUGCUGGAAGCAGGAACCGGACAAGAGGCCAGUGUUUGCUGACAUCAGCAAAGACCUGGAUAAGAUGAUGGUUAAGAGCAGAGACUACUUGGACCUGGCUGCAUCUACCCCAUCUGACUCCCUGCUAUAUGACGACGGCCUCUCAGAGGAGGAGACGCCCCUGGUGGACUGUAAUAAUGCUCCCCUCCCUCGAACCCUUCCCUCCACGUGGAUUGAAAACAAACUCUAUGGCAUGUCAGACCCGAACUGGCCUGAAGAGAGUCCUGUACCACUCACGAGAGCCGAUGGCACUAACACUGGUUGCCCGAGAUAUGCAAAUGAUAGUGUAUAUGCUAACUGGAUGGUUUCACCCUCAGCGGCACAAUUAAUGGACGCAUUUGAUAGUUAACAUUUCUUUGUGAAAGGUAAUGAACUCACAAGGGGAAGAUGCCGAGAACAGAAAGUCUGCCGGCCCCACCUCGCGCACUUGACACGGGCUGGUGACUUUCCCUCCCGGCAGACGUGGCGCACUGGACCAGCAUCCCGAGGCCAGUGUUUAGGGGUUCCUUCCUCUCCAGCCCCUCGGCAGUACCCCAGGUUGGUCUGGGGUCAUCGCCGAGCAACUCACCCUCCGUGCUCACGUGUGUGGGCCCCUCACUAUCUGAACUGUUGGAUUUUUCUGGCUGCCACCAAACAAGGCCAUACCAUUUAAACAUGAAGCACACACACACACACACACACACACACACACACACACACACAAGGCAGCAAGAAAAAACAAUAAUAAAAAAAAAAACUAGCCCAGACAACCUGUCCUUGCUCCGAACGAAACCCCAGCAGGCCUCGUGGUGAUGUCAAAGCCCACCAGGAGGGAAGAGGGGACCUCGGGACAGCCCUCAGCUUGGCCUUGGAGAUCCCGAGAAUGGUUUUAUUUUUUAAAUCAUGUAACCUUUUCGUAGGAAGACAUUUGAUUUUUAUCAUGAUUAAAAUGAUUCUUAGAUUUAGCACAAUGGAGAGGUAUAAUGCCAUGUUUGCUAGGUAGACAGGCGGCGGGAGGGGAGAGGGCCCCAAGACAUGUUUGUCACCGUCGCUGAGUGACCGAUACCCUCUGGUGAGAACUGUGUGGAGGAGUGGGCCUUGGAGUGGAGUGGCCUCCUGUCCAAGGAUUGCUGAUGGCAGAUACCCGGCCGCUGUGAAUCCCACCUACCCCACCCCCCACCCUCCUGCCUUCGGUGCAGCAUCCGUUCAAGCGCCAAAAAGCUGUGGAGCUGUGGUGGCUCAUCUCACAUGUUGGUGGGUGGGGCUUGUGCUCAGUUUCAAAGGGACAGUUCAGCUAGAAGUAGCAUUGCCAAUGACCAAGGACUGCUCACUUCUGAUUACAGUUCUGAUGUGGAAAACACAGCAUUUUGGCUCUUAUAGAGCCUGUGUGAAAAGGUAUGCCUAUCCAUCCUUUCUGAGUUUGUAACUUCAUGCUGCUAGGGCAAGAUGUUUUUUGUUUCUUCGGUUCUGACCAUGACUCAUAAGCUGCUUGUCAUUCUUCACUGCUUGUUUGUGGUCACAGACACUCAGCACUCCUCCCAUCCUGCGGGGGUGGCUUUCAGGAAGUCCCAGCGGCUCUUUCUGUCUCAGCGCUGUUACGUUGCACGAGAGGGUCGAUCACCAAAACACUGCCUGGUCUUCAGACUUAAAAAGCACUGUGAAAGAUCCUAGAGUCAUGAAAAUACUGGAUUUUAUAGGCGUGGCACAAAAGCAGUCAACUUACAGCAUUUUUGUGGCCAAGAAGGCUUGGAUGAGUAUGUGAAGGAGACUUAUGGUGGGUGGGUGAGUGUGUUUCUGUGCACACACCCCCAGGGAGAGCGCUGGAAAAACACUGCAGAUGCACUAUGGCUUUAAUCUAAGCCAUCGUUCAGAUACACUGUGAUAGGUUCUUUUACAAAUACCUAGUUGUGGUAAACCUUGGGGUUUCAGAUGCGUUUAAUGAUAGUCUUGUUAAAUGCAGAAGUAGGGGUAAAUGCAAGUUCUUAAAAAUGCCUACUCAGUAAGUACAAGCGGCUGCAGCAGGGUGAAAAUGCCAAGUCUAACUGGCUGACCCAGUGAUGGGGAAUUACCCCUUGCCUUGUAAUCUAAUUGCCUAUUCCUAAGUUAUAAAGUACUCGUACUGAUUAGUCCUAUCAGACAGAAUUUUCAUAGGCAUAGUCACAGAAGUUACUAAGCAUUAAGUAUCACUGAGUAUUAAGUAGCAAUCUGUCCAUUACUAAAAUUUGUUAAAUCUAUUUACGAAAGAUUAUUAAACGGUACCAUGUUAAUUUGCUUUUGUAAUCAAGGUGACCAAGAAAAUAAUUUCCGUUCUGUAAA